CGUGAUCGUUGAACAGUGUGAUUGGAGCGCAGCGCAAAGUGCAUCAGAAGUGCGCUCGUACCAGAGCAAAGUGAGAGUUAGCAAAGUUUCGCUUUCGCAAUUUUCGAAGCAAUCCGAAGCAAGCAAAAAUAUUAGUGAACUAGCCAGUGGCCUAUCGGUUGCAAUGUUGUGUGUUCAGGCGACCGAGCGCGGUCGCCGUGUGGACGGGGCCGGACCCAGAGAGUUGAUUCACAAGCUGGCCCGAGCGUGCCAGAUUCGCCAGUGGAAGAGUAAAUGCGGCAUGCGUCGCCCGUCACUGGGACAGAAUGAAGACGACCUCAGUCGUCUGACAACGAUCAUCUCCCCGACCAGCAUCAGCCUCUCGUCGAACGGUCAAUCCGACCCGGUGUUGGCAGGUACGGCGAACCAUGAUCCCCAUCAUGAUGUCAGCUGCAGCAGAAAGACAAAUAGCAUCAACCACAACAACAACAAUAACAGUAUCUGCAACAGCACCAGUAGUAGCAGCAGCAGCAGCAGCACCACUAGCAGCUCCAGUAGCAGCCACAGCAGCAGCAGCAGUAGCAAGCACAGCAAUAACAGCAGCAGUAGUAGUAACAACACAAGCGGCAACAGUGGCGGUGGUAGCCGCGGUGUUGGCGGUGGUGGUGGUGGCGGAAGCAUCAACCGUAGCAACAGUAGUAGCAGCAGCAACAGCAGCAUAAACAGUAGCGAAAGUCGCAAUGAAGUAGCGAGGAAGAUUGGCGGUGGUAACAUCGUCGUCGGGUCGGGCGAAGGAGGUGGUGGAGACGGGUUCACUAGUCCCGAACCGUCUCCACCGCCACCUCCGCCGCCGACGGUGUUGGUGAACCAGUAUCUGCCGAAUUUGAUCAACUCGUCCGAGUGGCAGAACUGCCGGAAGCGCAAGGAGCGCCAGGACAGUACGUCCUCGAUCAGUCAGGACCGGAAGCUGAUCCGAUCGAACAGCGAGGAGCACCUGCCGAACUGUGCGGAGGUCAUACGGCGCGUGUCGUCGCACGAGGACUUCAAGAAGCGUACCCCGGCCGUAGAGAUUUCCAUCGACAAGGAGAACAUCAUCGCCGAGGAACCGGCCGACGGUGAGGCCGCCGACGAGCAGCACCACCGGCAGCAGGUGUUCGAGAAGAACCUCAAGAACAGUGCGGACGAUUUGAAGAAAUUUUUCAUCGGCAGCGUCGAGAGUGUAGGCAACUGUGCUGAUGGACCUUUCGGCGGCGUCAGGGAGCAGCAACGCCAGCUCCACCAGCCUCAUCACCAUCAUCAUCAACAGCAUCUGCACCAUUCCGGGAGUAAGUCGCAGUUGCAACAGCAGCAGCACCGUCUAUCACCGUGCCGCGAUAUCCUGAAGUCGCGCCGUGACUCGGACAGCGAGCAGGACUGCGAGCAUGAACGGCGACGGCACUGCGAGCGGUUCUCGAAGACUCGCCCUCCGCCCGGUCGCAAGUCCGUGUCGCCCCGGGCUCGCAAGCAAUCGUCCAAGUUCCACCAUGGCUCCACAACGACGGCGGCGAUGGUGAAGGACCGUGCCGGACACGUGGCCGUGCUGACGGCCGGAAGUGAGCAUUUCUACUCGAAACAUGACACACACUCUAGCGUGUCGAAAGCGACCGACCGGCGUAGUGGAGGUCUGGGACGCGUUGCCAAAUCGGAUCCGCGGUCCGUCGCCGCCUUCCUACAGCAAACCAUCAACAAGGACCAUCAAUCGGCGGGAGCUACGAUCGACGAUUCGCCGAUGGGCGAGACAACGCCGCUGGCCGACUACAACGACAACACCGUGCUGGAGAAGAACCAGGCGGCGGCCGCCGAGAUGGAAUCGACGUCGGAACCGGAUCAGGAACGGCGAGUGGACACCAGCGAAGGGCCACUGUCGCCACGCGAAAAGCUUCCCUGGGGCCAAUCGUACCCCGACGAUACGCCGGCUCUCGUGUGCCAGCGGUUCGCCGACGACAAGUUCGAUCACGCCAAGCGCAUGGACUCGGUGUCCCACGCCAAACUGCGGCCCGUGUCGUCCGGCGGUUCACUUAAACUGUACGGUGCGUAUCACCGGAGCGAGGACAAUGCGGGCGUCACCGGCGGGACCAAAUCAGCCGUGGCACCGGUGGCCAACAAUAUGUUCGACGAGCGCGUGAAGACGAUCAGCCGGAAGCUGAGCGGGCUGAAGAAGAAGGUGACCCAGUUCGAGGAGCGGUUCGAGCGCGAUCAUGGCUGCCGGCCGACGCACGGCGACAGAUCGGCCGACCCGGCCAUCAAGAGCAUCGUGGUCGAGAUGCACAAGCUGCGCCGGGAGAAGAACCAGAUUAAGGCCGAUCUGGUGGUGUUCUCGGCGAAGGGCGGUCCGCAAGCGGCAGGCAGCGGCGGAACAGAGGGGCACGACGACGAGAAACGCCUCGGCAAGAUGAAGGAUACCAUCGCCGAUAUCGAGAAGCGUUUGACGGAAAAACGUGAAACGGAUCAGCGGAGUGAAAAUCUGGACCUCCUGUCGAACGAUCAGCUGACGGAGGAAAAGGCGUCCGUUCAGCGUGCCCUGCUGUACCUGGAGUCGAUGUACGGUCGACCGGCGAGCCGCGAUGAACGGGACGCGGCCCGGCCACUGUACGAUCGCUACCGGCUCAUCAAGCGCCUAGUGAACCGCGCCAACUCGAUCAGUGGCCCUUGCGGCGUGGCCAACUCUCAGAUGCCAACCAUCCUUGAACACGAGGCGCUCGCCAUCAUCGGCACCUCGACCCCGUCCACCGAUAUUUCUCCUCCGUCGGCCACUUCGACGCUACAGUCACCUACGGACACGGGUGGCAGUAGUGCACCGACCUCCGGUGUAGGCGGCACCCAAUCGGCGGACGACUCGGAAGCAUCGACCACCACCACGACGACCAGCUCCGCUACCGAGAACAUCCACUCGAUGACGGCGGACGAGCUGUGGCAGCACUACGAUACGACGCGCGACGAAAAGAAGGAGCUACGCCGCACGAUCAAGGAGUUCGAGCAGCAGUUCGAGGAAACGACCGGACGUAAGAUGCUAAAGUCCGAUCGCAAAUCCAUCGAGGACACCUACGCUCUCUACAAACAAAAGAAGGCGAAGCUCCGCCUAAUCGAUGCGCUGUUCAAAAAACAAAUGCAAGUCUAGAGGAGAUUCCGUUUUUUUCCAUUUUUGUAAUUGAUAAUGGCAAUUGUCUUGUGUCGUGAAUGUGCUCCCAGUUCGGUUCGAAAAAUAUGCGAAAACCUAAGGCAAACACUAAAUCCCCUUGUUUAUUUCCCCAACAACCGCUCUCGGUGUAUGUCUAUGCUUUUAAAUGGUUUCUAAUUUACAACACGAGUGGUAAAAGUUUACUUUAUUGAUAGUCGUUGAACAUCAGAUGCGACAGAAGGAAACGGCGGGGGGAAAACUGACGAUAAAUGCAAGUAACGUAGUUUUGUUUGUUGCGAACCGUCACCACCACUAGACUUUAUCACUUUAUGUUUGCGGAAUGGUUGAGUUUGAAAUUAAUUUUUCUAAUUUUAUGCGAACUGCAGUUCGACGCGCUUAACUGCUCUGUUCCACUUGGCGUAUGGUAACCUGUUGCUAAUAUAUGAGAAGACUAUUACUUUGUUUUAAGUAUUUUUAACCUAAGAUAAAUGCACGAAACGGAAGUAGCGCGAAUGGGGAAAAGAGAGACAACGCGAAAGCAAGAAAAAAGGCAAGUGACCGAGGCAAACGAGAAGAGACGAUUAAUGGAUCCCGAAGAGAAAAUGUGUGAUUAUUUGAAUGUGAGAAACGUGCGCGUGAUGAAACGAUAAGGGAGAUCGCAGAGCGAGCAAAAAAAGAAACAAAAAAAUCAGACUCUUAACAGACUGAUACCGUGGUUUUGAGAGGCCAAAGUGGUCGGAGCAAAGCAUGUAGAGUAUGUUGCGGCGGGACGAUAAGCAAACACUGAAGCAGUACAAAACGCUGCAGACCCUCACACAGGAAUGAGGUAAAACGAUACAAAUAAAUAAAACAAGAAACAUACAAAUUCACAGAAACCACACAUACUUACACUUACUUAGCUUAGUGAGAAAUAUUUGAGAAAACAAAAACACUUUCGUAAACGAAAAAAGGGUGAAUACAAAACGGACACAUUCAUACACACUACGCCAUACAGAACAGAGCCCGCAGCCCCUUGCUGCAGGAAGGAGGAAGAGGAAGUAAACCAACAAAACAAGAACCUAUAUACAAAUAUUUACAAAAUUAAGAACAAAAACGGCGAAGACUUGUUUUCUUUCGGAAAUCUUUGAGAUUAGUCAACAAAAAAUAAAGGGGAAGCGAAAACAAAAAACAAACGACAGUUAGCUAGUGAGAAACAAAAGGAAACUAACUAAAAAAACAUUACAAUAUGGAUCUUAGUAAAUACUACCCGACCCGGACGUUUCGCGCAAGGAUCGGCAAGGAUCGGCAAGGAUCGGCAUGUUUUCGGAAAGCACGAAGUGAUUUUGAUUCUAAGAUUGUUGUCCAUAAUAUUUGUUGCGAUGUGGCGUUUUAGUUUUUCCACCUUUGUACCUAUUUCGGUUUUGUCCGCUGUGUGGUGCGUCAACCGGCAUCCGGUAGCUUUUUAAUCGUGCAAACAAAUAUCAUGGAUCCCAUACUAAACUGAAAAUGAACACAAUGCUGUAGAAUGUUAUACCAUAGUCGAGAAACAAUAUACAUACGCACUGGCGCCUACACUACAGUUAAGUUAUUGUAUGCUACUAAAAUAGAUCUUUUAUUCACAUUCAACACACGAACAAGCGCCAGAGCGGCGAACGAUGUUGACCGGAAUUUACUAUUUAAAGUGCGAAAAACAAAAUCAACAUCUAGCCACUUACCGAACCAAACUCUUCCCUUUACAUCGAAUAGUCCUCCUCAAUGCAUAUAAGGUACAGCAUCUUUUAGGGACGGCAGAGGUACCCAACCGAGCCGAGUAAGACACAUACAUUAGCAGAGUGGUUUAUCAAAAAGUGCAACAACGGUUUUGGUAGCUCUUUAACAGGUACUCUUCUGACGCAUUACUCUCUUAUAGUUAUGAUUACGAUUAUGAUUAUUCCUCCCCUUUCCUGAUGAUGCGGACGGAUGAUAAAGUUUGCUCGGACACACCUAGCGAUAUAGGCGCUAUAAGUUCUCAAAGAACGAUUUAUUAACGUAAUUUGUAAUCGGUAUGAACGAAGAUGAAGAACACGGAGCAGUCUGCCGCGAACGCGAGGGAAGAGAUCGAUGAUCGGUGCGUUUUGUAGAAAUGUGCGCAGCGGAGUGAAUGCAAAACUCAACAAUAAUAUGUAAGCCAUUACGAUGUGAACGUUAAACUGGUCAAAAUGGUUCUUAAAGAAUAAAGCUGGUCGUGUGAAGUAAUAUUGAAA